AUUAAAUCACAGCGCGCCAAUCUGAAUUACCCAUCACAUGAAAGAACUUACUAUUUAUAUUAAGAUACAUUAAAAGUCUUCAGAAAAAUUCCAAUUAAAGAAAGUAAAUCAAAGCUCAGGAGUGUAAAUAAAAAGCGCGUUGUCAUUGGUCGACAACUGGGGCCAAGUUAGCUCCCAAUUACCUUUCAAUAGUUGUAAAAUAAAAAUAAAAAUAAUUAUAAUUUUAAGUGAAUUAGUCAGUAUUAUUAUGGAGUGCGUGAAAAAUAAUUAAUAUGCCAAGUUUACUGUCCAGUAAUGCCUGGUUUAGAGGAAGAAAGUAUUUGGUUCGAAACGAGUCCGUCAGCGAGUAGCCUAAUGUCCGAUGGAGUCGCUGCCGAGCAAGUGAAAAAGUUUUUUUUCACGUCUCGACGAUCUGACGAAACAGGACAACAGGACGAAUCACUAGAGAUAUUUAUUCCCGAGUUGUUGCACGCAAGUUACAAUUUUUACGUGUGGCCAUCAGCUCCAGUUCUCGCGUGGUACCUCUGGGAGAACCGCGAAGCCGUAGUAGGCAAACGAAUCCUCGAACUAGGCUCCGGAACCGCGUUACCUGGUAUCGUCGCUAGUAAGUGUGGAGCACACGUUACCCUAAGUGACGCUGCUAAUUUACCAAAAAACUUGCAGCACAUCAGAAGAAGUUGCGAGUUGAACGGCGUGUUGUCUCAAGUUAAAGUCGUCGGCAUAACUUGGGGUCUCUUUUUAUCAAGUUUAUUGAGCAUCGGUCCACUGGAUAUAAUCCUCGGCUCAGACUGCUUCUACGAGCCCACAGUCUUCGAAGACAUUGUAGUAACAGUAGCUUACCUUUUAGAGCGAAAUCCAGGAGCAAAGUUCCUCUGUACCUACCAAGAGCGCAGCUCAGACUGGUCCAUAGAGCACCUGCUCAACAAGUGGGGCCUCACUUGCAACCAAAUAUCUCUAACAGGCUUAGGAGCCGACGCGGGAAUUACUCUCGAAGAGUUGAUGCAAGAUCACACUAUUCACCUACUGGAUAUCCGUAAAUCCGACUAAUACUAACUAUCUAAAUUAAUUAACUAAUUAAUUAAUUUAUACUUAGAAAAAUUAUUAUGGCUAAUGCUAAAGUUGCAAAAUCAUUUUACCGUCUCACAGCUGUAAAUCUUCCCUGGACAGUCGGCGAUUUGCAAUUAAAGCAAUACUUUUCUCAGUUUGGUAAUAUUGUAAACGCAAAAGUAUUUUUUGAUCGUAAUACUGGACUAAGUAAGCACGCAGGGUUGAUUGAAA